AUGGAUUCAGGAUUUGGAUCUGAAGUGAUGCAGAGCCCUAAUAUUUAUUGCUAUAGUGUCCUAACUGAAAACUACCAGCACAUCCUGGCCUUGGUAUUUGCAGUGAAGGAGGUCAAUGAAAAUAUUCAGCUCUUACCCGAUAUCACUGUGGGAUUUGAGAUUUUUGACACCUAUUUGGAGAGUAAGCUGACCUAUCGUGCCAUGAUGCAGCUUAUUUCCCCGAGGAACAGACUUCUCCCCAACUAUGACUGUGGCAUCCAUGGAAUUCCAAAAGCAAUCAUUGAAGGACUUGAAGCAGUUAUUUCCCACCAGUUGACCACUGCUUUGGGCUUCUACAAGAUUCCACAGCUCUUGUUUUCCUUUGACCCAGUGAGGAUGGAUAGGAACCAAGUCUGUUCCUUUUACCAGAUGGUCCCAAAUGAUACCCGUCAGCACAGGGGAAUUCUUCAGUUACUACAAUACUUCAAAUGGACAUGGAUUGGGUUACUUGCUGUGGAUAAUGUGAAUUUAGAAUGGUUCAUGCAGUACAUGUUUCCAGAAUUUUCCAAGAAUGGAAUUUGUUUUGCUUUCAUGGAAUCAUUUAGCAUUACAGGUUACCUUGAAGAGAAGGGAGAGUUCAUGACAUGGAUAUUGGGGAUUUAUAAUAAAAUCAUGAACAGCAAAGCCACAGUAUUGGUCUUCUAUGGAGAUGAUCCUAAGAUGCUGAUCUUAAGAUGGCUAAUGGCUAAAUCACAAAUGGUAAAUACAACACAAAAGGCAAAAGACAAAGUGUGGAUUCUGACAGCCCAGGCAGAUUUAAAAUCUUAUGGUAGGAAAGAGCAGAGUUGGAAGAUACAAGACUUCCAUGGUGCCAUAUCGGUUGGGGUUCACUCAAAUGAACUUAAAGGAUUCCAGGAAUUUCUUCAGAGCAGAAACCUUGCCUGUGAUAAAGAAGAUGGUUUUAUCAGAGAAUUCUGGUCACAUGCAUUUGACUGUGUGAUUCCAGAUUCUGUUUUUGGAAAAAUAGGAGGGGAUAACUGCACUGGGGAAGAAAUGAUUGAGAGCCUUCCUAGGAAUUACCUUCCAAUUAGUGUAACUGGUCACAGCUACAGCAUCUAUAAUGCUGUCUAUUCUGUGGCUCACGCUUUACAUGCAAUGUAUUCAUCCAAACAAAAAGUCAUGAAAGGAGGGAGAGAGAAAAUACAGUCAUGGCAGCUCCAUCAUUUUCUGAAACGUGUCUCAUUUAACAACAGUGCGGGGGAUGAGAUUUCCUUUCAGGACAAUGGGGAAAUAGUUGGCAAAUUUGAUAUUAUAAACUGGGUCACAUUCCCAAAUCAGUCUUUCAUUAGAGUGAAAGUUGGAAGUCAAGAUCCCCAGGCUCCACCAGACCAAACACUCAAGAUUAAUGAAAAAAGCAUUGUUUGGCACAACUCAUUUAACCAGGCCCAGCCCCUUUCGAUGUGUAAUGACAACUGUCAUCCCAGUUACAGGAAGAAAAAGAAGGAAGGGGAGCCAUUCUGCUGCUAUCACUGCAUUCCAUGCCCAGAAGGGGAGAUAUCUGACAAGAAUGAUAUAGAUUACUGUUUCCAGUGUCCUGCUGACAAGCAUCCAAAUAAAGAUCAGAACUUAUGCAUUCCCAAGAUUGUAACCUUCUUGACUUAUGAAGAACCUUUGGGGACUGCUUUGGCCAUUGGUGCAGUUUCCUUUUCUUUAAUUACUGUACUAAUGCUGGGAACAUUUAUGAAGCACCACAACACUCCUAUUGUCAAAGCCAACAACCGGAACAUCACAUACAUUCUCCUUAUCACUCUCCUCUUCUGCUUCCUUUGUGCACUGCUAUUCAUUGGCCGACCUCAGAAGGUGACAUGUCUUCUCCGGCAAACUAUUUUCGGCAUCAUCUUCUCUGUGGCGCUUUCUUCUGUGUUGGCAAAAACCAUCACAGUGGUUCUGGCUUUCAUGGCCACCGAACCCGGAUCUAGGAUGAGGAAGUGGGUGGGAAAAGGGCUGGCAAACGCCAUUGUUCUUUUCUGCUCCCUUAUUCAAAUAGGACUCUGUACUGUGUGGUUGACAACCUCACCUCCAUUCCCAGAUGUUGACAUGCAUUCAGUAACAGAUGAAAUUGUCCUAGAAUGUAAUGAGGGUUCGGGGACACUGUUUUACUGUGUCCUAGGCUACAUGGGCUUCUUGGGCCUUGCCAGCUUCUCUGUGGCUUUCCUCUCUAGGAAGUUACCUGACACUUUCAAUGAAGCCAAGUUUAUCACAUUCAGCAUCUUGGUCUUUUGCAGUGUUUGGUUAUCCUUUGUCCCAGCCUAUCUGAGCUCUAAGGGAAAAUACAUGGUUGCUGUGGAGAUCUUCUCAGUUUUAACUUCCAGUGCUGCAUUGCUGAGCUUCAUCUUUUUCCCCAAGUGGUACAUUAUUGUCCUGAAGUCUGAGUUGAACAACAGGGAACAGCUAAUGUGGAGAAAUGAAUUAAGAAAAUAA